AUGAUAGCAAAUGACCCCAAGGGCCCAUUUGUAUCAAAGAAAAAGGGAGGGAGUAAGACGGGGCCUGAAAGUAGAAAAACAAAGGAAACAGGAAAGGAAGAAUCCUAUUUUAAAAUUUUUGUGGAUGGCUCUUCAUCAGUACAGGAUGGGGAAAGGAGAACUGGCUGUGGGAUAUACAUGGAGGAUGAACACGGACAGGAAAGAUAUAGUGCGGCUUUGAAAUUACCUAAAACCAUGAGUGCACAGGCAGCAGAACUAACAGCCGUUGCAUAUGUGGUUGGUCACCCGGAAUACUUUCCGCCUAGAUCAGUCAUAUACUCUGAUAGCAUGUAUAUCUGUAACAGCCUCUCAGAACAUUUGCCCCUAUGGGAAGCAAGAGGAUUUGUCUCAGCAGAUGGAAGGCCCCUUCCUUCGUCCCCGAUAUUACGGUACAUCUGUGAAGAAGCACAGGGGAAAGGGUUCGGGGUCACAAAAGUGAAAGCUCAUUCAAAACUAUCUCCCAAAGGGAACAGGAAAGCUGAUGAACUAGCCAAACGAGGUGCUGUAAGUGGACAGGAAUGGCAGCCACCGAUUGGGGAAAUCGGUGGCCAGAGAGAGAAGUAG